GCUGGGUGCGCCAUAUUGGCUGGUUGACAUGGGGAGUGGAGUUGGGCAAACCGCUUGAAAAAUCCAACCAGUUUCCAGACAUGAAGCACUUCGAGGAUAACAAGUAAAUCAACGCGGUAGGAUUUAUUUGCUCCCUGGGUUGCAACGUGUUUUAUCUGCCAAAUUGCCCCUCAUUUUCCCGUGAAGAGGUUCUCCGUAAAAACUCGACUCCAAUGGAUCCCAGGACCGCUUGGAUCCAGCCGGAGCAGAAGGGACCUGCAAAUUCCCUGUGGAUGCACAUUUGGGAAACCUCACAGGGAUUUGGAGCAAACUCCGGCAUCGACAACCACCUCCACCACCAACGCGACUUUGCAGCGCUAAAUGCUAACUCUGCAGACUCAAACGGCGAGUAUUGCAAAAAUGUAGCACCGCCACCGGGGGUUGUGUUUGGAAAACUGCCCAAGCAAGACGGCGGCGGCGGCGGAGGAGGAGAGAGGGGAAGUGUCCGGAGGAAGGGCUCGUUGUCGCCGUCCUCCUCCUCCCUGGACUCGGAGGCCGAGAGCUCCUCGCCCUACGGCUCCUCUCUGCAAAUCGACAAUUUGAACGUCGCAGAAGAGGCCAGCCGGUUUUUACACUACGGCGAGCACGAGUUGAACGAGAACAAUCUCAGACGGCAGCAUCCCCCUCCGCCUUUCCACACUGUUCAGCAACACUGUCGCAGCAUGCAACAAUCCUUCGGCCACACCCCCGCUGGGAUGAGAAAUCAGCAUGGGAACAAGCACCACCACUAUCGGACACAUUCAUCCGGCCGCAGGAGGCAUCUGAACCGAGCGAACACUUUCCACGGCAUCAACCCGCUCCUGACCUACGGCUGCAAUGGACACUAUGUCGACUCCUCUUACAGCCUGUGGAAAACCAGGCGGUACAGCCCGGGCAUUAACGGUCUUCAUGAAGAAAUUGUGGACUUUUUCAACUUCAUGUCACCGCGACCAGAGGAGGAGGCCAUGAGACGAGAUGUCGUGAACAGGAUAGAAAGCGUCAUCAAGGACUUGUGGCCCACAGCACGGGUGGAGAUAUUUGGCAGCUUCAGCACAGGACUUUAUCUUCCAUCGAGUGACAUUGACCUGGUGGUGUUUGGAAAGUGGGACCAUCCCCCACUGCAGGAACUGGAACAAGCCCUGAAGAAACACAAUGUGGCUGGCCCAUAUCCCAUCAAGGUCCUCGACAAAGCUACAGUGCCAAUCAUCAAGCUCACUGAUCACGAAACAGAGCUGAAAGUGGACAUCAGCUUCAAUGUAGAGACCGCUGUUAAAGCAGCACAAUUCAUCAAAAGCUAUCUUAAGAAGUACACUGUUCUGCCGCCCCUGAUUUUUGUCCUGAAGCAGUUCUUACUGCAGAGGGAUCUGAAUGAAGUCUUCACUGGAGGAAUCAGCUCUUACAGCCUUAUACUAAUGGCCAUCAGCUUUCUGCAGUUACACCCUCGGAUCGACACGCGGCGUACUAACAUCAACUUGGGCAUCCUGCUGAUCGAGUUCUUUGAGCUGUAUGGCCGUGAUUUCAACUACAUGAGGACUGGCAUCAGGGUGAAGUAUGCAGGAGCUUACCUGUCUAAAGAGGACAUGCUGAAAGCCAUGGGGAAUGGAAACAGGCCAUCCAUGCUCUGCAUUGAAGAUCCAAUACAGCCAGGGAAUGACGUGGGCAGGAGUUCAUAUGGCGUCCUGCAAGUCAAGCAGGUGUUUGACUUUGCCUACAUGGUGCUGAGUCACGGUGUGUCUCCUCUUGCACGUGCUUACCCCAACAAAGAGUAUGACAGUACUUUAGGACGCAUCAUCAAAGUCAGCCCGGAGGUUUUGGCCUACAGGGACUGGACGAUCAAGAAGUGGGGAGCCAAGCAGUAUGCCAAGCUGGAGAACCAUGAUGUAGAGACCUGUGAGCAGGACCUUGCCAGGCUGAUGCUGGUGUCUGUGGAGGAUCAGAGAGACUCUUCCUCCCCUCUCAGUGCUGACUCCCCCUCACCUUCUCCAGUCUUCCUCCCCAGCCCUCAACACCAUUCGUCAUCAUCCUCAGCAUGCUCACUCUCUUCCUCCUCAGGAAGUGACAUAGAGUCUGAUUCUCCCCCAAGCAGUAAUGCUGCUAUCCAACUACACCCCCUCACCCUGGCCUCAGUCCAUUCAGUAGUCCAGAUGGCUACUCACCCAAGGGCCACACAUCCAGGGGCAUUUAUCCACACCACGCCUCAGGUCCAGAUGUCUCUCACAGAUAACCUUACCAUCCCCUCCCUCUCUGAUUGCCAGUUCUACCAUGAGAAUCCACCUUCAAUUGGUCUUGUGCACCGUCACAUGUCACAAGUUGCACAAGUCUCCCAGCACACUAACUCCACAAGCCCUCUCCACAGCCCCCUACACCAGCUCCACCAUCCUCAGGUAGGAGGGCAGCCAGGCCACACUUACACCAUAAGAACCAACUCCCAUGGCUCACUUGAGCCACACAAAGUUGGCUUCAAGCACAACCACGGUGGCGGCAACCAAGGUCCGAACCACUGUCAAGGUAACUUCAGUCCCCAGCGGCGGUUCGUUCCCCAGGGUCAUAACACAGCACCAGGUUUCAGGAACCAGCAGCAGUACAACCGUAACACCUGGCGGCGCAGAAAGAGAGACAAUCUUCCUGCUCUUAACCAGAGCAGAUGAAAGACUGAACCUGCAUGACUCUACUUGACUGGCAUUGAUGUUUUGAAGGCCUCAUAAUGAGUCUUGAGAAGCUGUGAAUCAUACACUUUUUUUGUUUGUUUUUUUCUUUUGUUUUUUUUUUUUUUGGAGGCUCUCCAAAACUUACGUACUUCAUCCUGGAAUUCAAGUCAAUUGAAGUUGUCACCCAAGGUGUCAUAUGAAUGAUUGUGCAAGCACUAAGUGAUGCUACAAGGCUCUCACAGCUGAAGGUGAACUGACUAAAAGGCCUAAAGUCUUCACUGUACUCAUCUUGUUACAUUGGUCCGAUGGUAGUCAGAAGCCCUUCCUCUAAAUUUGAUGCACACCAGCACAGACUUGGAGUGGAUUGAAGAAUUACUGAUGGUCUUCUCACCAGUGUCACUUUUCAGCUGCUUGAAACUUUGAUUUGGUUGCUGGAUGGCGGAACAGUUCAGUCAAGUAGUGAGUUUCCAUGCAACUUAAACAUCUUAAAAAGCAACAUCCUGUGCCAUAGUACUGAACUGGUUUAUCCAACCUGGUCUGUCUUGAAGUUUUGACUAUUAUUGGGCCUUUUUGAUCAGGUUUUGGGCUCAUUUGGUCUUCUGAAUGCAAAUCCCUAUUGGCUACGUUCUUCAGAGAUCUUACAGCUUGGACAUCUACAAAUUGUACUCUGAACUGAAGCGAAGCACUAACUUUCUACCUAUGCAGCGCAACGCUGAUUCAAUGUUUUUGGUGUGACGGCACAAAAUGGACCUUGUCUCAAGUGCUUAAACUGUGAUGACUUGUUUGAAUGUACCAAGUGUUUUUGUGUGUCUGUGUGUGUGUGUGUUGGUAAUUAUCUUUUGUUCCCUUGUUUUUGUCACUGAGGAUUUUUUUUUGUUCACAUCGGCACUAUUUUGUUUCUGUAUUGUAAACAUUACCACCUUAUUUUAUGUUUGUUGCGUUUAUGUGCAAUAAUGACUUGCUUUUAUUUAAUUUAUUUCACAUUUUAGUUUUAUUUUAGGGGUUCUCCCCACUAUAUAAGUUUGCUUUUUUAUUUCUAGACAUUGAUCUGUGCAAUAGAUGGAUUUAAGGGCCUUGAAGGAAUGUGUUUGUGUGUACGUACUGCUUUUCAGCAGAAGGGGGAGCUAUGGUAUUGCAACAUGAGAAAUGUGCCAAAAAUCCCAUGACGCCAACAUUUUACUCAUGUUUAAUUUACCGUUGCAUUAUAAUAACUUGAAAUUUUGCCAACUGCGUGUCCAAAUGUUUUCCACCACUAGUUCUCAUUUUUAAACAUAUCACUUAUGUAAUAGUUUGACGUUUUGUUUGGGUGCAUUUUCUCUUGAUAGGCUGGACUGGGGAAAUGCACCUUUUUAGAAAUAUUACUUCAUGUCAUUUCAAAAAUAGUUGGUGCUACUUAUUACCAGCAAAGUGCUUGUGUUUUGCCUUAUAUCUCCUUUUGAUUCUGUUUAAAGCAACAGGUUAACUGCCUUCUUAAAUGACCAAAUUUGCCCUUUUUCCUGUACGUAGCCAGCAUUCUGUAUUCCCCAUUUGUUUCUAUAAGCACUGCCAGGUUUACUUGGCUUUUAUUUUUACAAGCAGCUUCUAGGUGUAUGCUCCAGGAGUAGACUCCUACUGCAGUUGAUGAUUGUUAGCAUUAGCAUCAUGUCACAUCUAUAUAUAAUAUAUAUAUUUUUUUUCUUUUUUUUUAUUCAAAGAUCAUUAUAAAGCAGUUGUAUAAGAGAUUUUCCUCUCCCAUAUUUAAGUCAGUAUUUCUAAGACAAGGUUUCAAAGCUACAUAAUUUACACAGCAAUCCAGAAGAGGACUUGAGUUUGUGAUGUCACAGACUCACCAUUAAGUUUUGGUAGAGCCAUUAACAAAACCAAAAUUUGGUGAAGUUGUUUCUGAAGUCUGAUUAUUGGACCACCCUGCAUACCAAACUGAUGGACUCAACAUGAUACUGUUAGCAUAUCCCCUUGUUGUCAGUGGGGCUUUUACUGAGCCGUCUAGAGGAUAAUUGAUGGGUUUUUACAUAAUAUUGCCACAAACCAAAUCCCCUGUUCAUAUGUGUGUAAUUAAGGAUGGGUUGUGUGUAAAUGACUGACAUAUAGAUGUAUACCUUGUUUUUUUUAUGUAAAGUUUUCUAUUUUUUUAAAUAAACAUUUUAAAACUCCA